CAGCAGCAGACACGCACCCAAACGCAUUUAGCAAAGAAGAAAUUUUCAUCUCAAUUUUUGUGCCAGAAAAGUGUUGUAAAGCAAAUAAAUUAAUAUUAAAUAAAUAAGUUCGUCUUCUUACCAACAAGGGCGUGCCCGAAAAAUGGAUUAAUUGUAAAAUCAAAUCAAUUGCUGGACGAAACUGGUAGCAGUGGAUGCAAAGCAGCUAAGCGCUCGAGUUAUUUCACUGUAAUUAGAGGAGCUGGCGAUGGACUGGAAUAGGGCAACUGCUACGCUGAGUAGCAGCCUGGGUCUGGUAUUGCUGCUAUUGGUUUUAGCGAACUUGCAAAAAGUAAGUGCAUCCGAAGAUGAAGAACGCUUGGUACGUGAUCUAUUUCGUGGGUAUAACAAACUUAUACGACCCGUUCAGAAUAUGACACAAAAAGUUGGAGUAAGAUUUGGUUUGGCGUUCGUACAGCUAAUCAAUGUCAAUGAGAAAAAUCAAAUUAUGAAAUCAAACGUUUGGUUACGUUUGGUUUGGUACGAUUAUCAAUUGCAAUGGGAUGAGGCUGAUUACGGUGGUAUUGGCGUACUGCGUUUGCCGCCCGAUAAGGUUUGGAAACCGGAUAUUGUGUUGUUCAAUAAUGCUGACGGCAACUACGAAGUGCGCUACAAGUCGAAUGUACUCAUCUAUCCAACGGGUGAAGUGCUCUGGGUACCACCCGCCAUCUAUCAGAGCUCCUGCACUAUUGACGUCACCUAUUUCCCCUUCGAUCAGCAAACUUGUAUCAUGAAAUUUGGUUCGUGGACCUUCAAUGGCGAUCAAGUAUCGCUUGCUCUGUACAACAAUAAAAACUUUGUUGAUCUCUCUGACUAUUGGAAAUCUGGUACGUGGGAUAUUAUCGAAGUGCCGGCUUAUCUGAACGUUUACGAAGGUGAUGGCAAUCAUCCGACGGAGACAGAUAUCACAUUUUACAUCAUCAUACGUCGCAAAACUUUGUUCUACACAGUAAAUUUGAUUUUACCUACUGUGCUGAUCUCAUUCCUAUGCGUCCUGGUGUUUUAUCUGCCUGCUGAGGCUGGUGAAAAGGUCACAUUGGGCAUAAGCAUUCUGCUGUCACUGGUUGUGUUCCUGUUGCUCGUGUCGAAGAUUCUCCCACCCACUUCAUUGGUGUUACCACUCAUUGCCAAAUAUUUAUUAUUCACCUUCAUUAUGAAUACGGUAUCAAUUUUGGUCACAGUUAUUAUCAUUAAUUGGAACUUUCGCGGGCCGCGCACACAUCGCAUGCCCAUGUGGAUACGUACUGUCUUUCUGCAUUACCUUCCCGCCUUUCUGCUAAUGAAACGUCCGCGCAAGACAAGAUUGCGUUGGAUGAUGGAAAUGCCUGGCAUGAGUAUGCCAGCGCAUCCACAUCCCUCCUAUGGGUCGCCAGCUGAAUUGCCCAAACACAUCAGCGCAAUUGGCGGCAAACAAUCAAAAAUGGAGGUUAUGGAGCUCUCCGACUUGCAUCAUCCCAAUUGCAAAAUAAAUCGUAAAGUAAAUAGUGGUGCAGAACUGGGAAUUGGUGAUCAAUGCAGGCGCGAGAGUGAAUCAUCCGAUUCGAUACUGCUUUCGCCAGAAGCCAGCAAAGCCACCGAAGCGGUGGAAUUCAUAGCAGAGCAUUUGCGAAAUGAAGAUCUGUACAUACAGACUCGUGAGGACUGGAAAUAUGUGGCUAUGGUGAUCGAUCGUCUGCAACUGUACAUAUUUUUCAUUGUGACCACUGCCGGUACAGUUGGUAUACUCAUGGACGCGCCACACAUUUUCGAAUAUGUGGAUCAAGACCGUAUUAUCGAAAUUUAUCGUGGAAAGUAGACGAGCACCGACCGUUAAAAGAAACACAAAAUGCAAUAAACGCAAAAUUGGCAAUGCGGAUUUUUUCCACUCAACCGUUGUUAGUGAACAAGCAUUUCAGCACUUCGCGGCAAUAAAAUUCAAAUCGUGAAUAAGUAGGAAAUGUUGAAAUUGCAAAUUGUGAAACAUUUACAUAGAAGCUUUUCCUGCUAAGCAAACGAUAAGUCAUCGUAAGUUCAGUUAGUUCAUCGGUAUAAUUUGAGCUGUUCAUUUAAGAUUUUAGGUAAAUAAGAACAUAUUUUAAGUGCAAUGCUUCAUAAGGAAAUUGUUAUGUUAAGAGUUUUAAUAAUCCACGCACAUACCUACAUACGUGCAUAUGUAGAGCUCGUAGGAAGUCAAGAAUUCAUGUAUGCAAUCAUGAAGAAGACACCAUUCAAAUGAAUGAGCCGAUGUAAUUCAAAAUUGGUAAUAUAGAAAAACAAAAAAUACAAAUUACGAAAUUAGUAGUAAUUCAAUAAAAAAAUCGCUUCUGCUCACUACAGUAGCCAAUUCCAGUGAGCUGAUUUGUUUCGAAAUGAAAAUAGUAAAAAUAGAAAACGCAGUUCAUUAUUGAGCAAAUCACUAAACGAUUAAA